AUGCAUGAUAGAGAAUUACCCUUGACACUUUUGGUACUUGUAUUUAUUAGCAUCUCAGAAAGUUGCCAAGUAUUUGGUGUCCUUGGCAUAGAGGACAAAAGAUUCACAGGAAUGGGAUCAGUAAAGAGGGUGCAUACGAAUGAAACAACCACCAUAAGAUGGUACGAAAGUAGCAAAUCCCGUGGAUGUGUUGAGCUAAACCCAAGCAGUUCACCCAGAAUUACUUUGCACAAUUACAUUCUGGAGUUUUGGCCAGCGGAGCUGGAUGACUGGGGAUCUUACUUUUUCCAAAUGGGAAAUGAUACUCAGGAAUGGAAAUUAAAUGUCAUCAGAAGAAAUAAACACAGCUGUUUUACCAAAAAACUGGUAAUUAGUAGAAGAGUGGAAGUUAAAAGAUCUUUGCAGAUGACCUGUAACAAUAGUUACUGUCAAAAACUGGUCAACAGAACAUCAUUGUACAAG